UAAACUACAAUGGAACGGUCUGUCCCGGUGCAUUUUAUUGCGUCAUCAACAUGGCGGAGGGUGACCAUGGUAAAAGGGACGCCGGGGACUCGGACCAAAACAACGCCGAAAACGCCGAAAUGAUGGAGGUUGAAGGGGAAGAAGUUGAGGCAGCCGGGGCAGAGGGAACCGGGGAACUGUCCGAGUUCGUCAUGGCGCACUACAACCAACAGAGGGAGGAGGGUAGAUUUGAGGGGAAUGAGGACAUCAGUGCAGAGCGGACACAGAACUUCAUGGAGAGGGCACUGGCAGAGAGUCAGAGACAACCUUUCUAUUAA